UACAUUGACCUAUCUAUUUGAACCUUUUUUAUUUUUCCAGACACUGUCGACUGACCGGCCUUGGCUGGCAGUCACAUUUCGUGUCCAACUAUCAUCAAAACACCUUUGAACAGCAAACUUGAAGGUGUAACCGCCAAAAUGCCUAUCACAGGCGUCUUCUUCAUUCCCUCAAACCCCAACGCCUCCACAGUGCUCUCCACAAUCUCAGAACGCCUACACACCGUCCUCACCGACGAACCCAUCCCCGUAGGCCGCUGGGUACUAGAGCACAAACUGAUGCGCGACACGCCAUCCUGUCUACCAGCAUCUGCAUCCCAACGACCCGCACAGCCUCGGUGGAUGCAAUUUCUGUCGUUAUCGUAUCACCCGUUUCAUGGGUUUGUUUAUGCGUCUGAGGCGGAUAAGUCACAGUUUGGUGGUGUUGCACAAGCACAACCACAGUCACAAGCACAAGCACCAGGGGCCGCACCAAAGGCAUCGCCGCAACAACCUCAACCCCAACAACAGCCCCAAUUGAGCACAAGCACAAGCACAGCUACAAGUACAAACAGCGGAAUGAUAAUGACAACUGUCCCCCUCCCCUCCUCCGUAACCCUCUUCCAACACUUUGUCUACGCCUGCCAACCAUUCUGGAGCCACCGACACACCCACACUAUCCCUGGCGGCAUGGUCUAUGACAUUGGCGACUUCCGCGUGCGCAUCGGCGACGUGCGCCAGACGCAGCCAGUCGCGAGGAUUCGCGGGACUGUCGUUGAGGUUGAGUGGAGGGGGCCUUCGUUGUUGGAUUCGUUGGUGCAAAGUCACCCUGUGACUGAAAUGCAGGAUAAUGGGGCAGAUGAUGGUGAUUCUGGUAUUGAUGUGGGACUUGAGUUGAUUGAGGAGGCGGACGUGGAUGCUGAGUUUGCGGCGACGGCGAAGUUGAUUAGGGAGUUUUGGGAGAAGUUGGGGGUUGAGGGGGCUAGGGAGGCGAUUCUUGUGCCAGAUGUUGGGAAGGAGGUCAAGGAGCAAUUGAGGAGGUGGAAGGCGCUACAGCAGGAGGGUAAGAAGGAUGUUGGUCGUGGGGUUGGGGAGGGUAAUGGGCAGUUGUUGGAUGAGGAUCCUGAUCCGCAAGCUGGUGUGGAUGUUGCAAGGCAAUUUAUGGAGAUUUUCAGGUUUAACCGAUGAUGUUGCU